CGGCAAUCUGAGAGAAUUCUCGAUGCUCGUCCACGCUGACACGCUCUUUUCUUUGAUUCUUCCAGUGUGAUGGAGAGCGUGGGGGAAGAGGUGGUGGAGGUGGCUGUCGGGGACACGGUGGUGCCGGUGUUCUCGGCGCAGUGCGGCGACUGCGCCGACUGCGUCUCCGACCGCAGCAACAUCUGCUCAGGUCUUCCCUACCGCCCGGGCAUGCCGCGUGACGGCACGACGCGCUUUGCGUUCGCCGGCACCGGCGAGCCCAUCCACAACUUCAUAAACGUCUCCAGCUUCGUCGAGUACACCGUCGUCGACGUGGCCCACCUCGUCAGGCUCGGCCCCGGGCUCAUGAUCCCGCCCGACAAGGCCUGCCUCCUUAGCUGCGGCGUCUCCACCGGGGUUGGUGCGGCGUGGAAGGUGGCGGCGGUUGAGCCCGGGUCGACCGUGGCCGUGUUCGGGCUAGGCGCCGUCGGGUUAGCGGUAGCACAAGGGUCCAGGAUGCGUGGGGCUAAGCGGAUCAUUGGAGUCGAUUUGAACCAGGAAAAGUGUGAGAUCGGAAAGAGGAUGGGGAUCACCGAGUUCAUCAACCCGAACGAUAUCGGAGGGAAGACAGUGAGCGAGGUCAUCAAGGAGAUGACCGGCGGCGGCGGCGCAGACUACUGCUUCGAGUGCAUCGGCUCCACGGCCGUCACGGCGGAAGCGUUCAGAAGCUCCCGAAUGGGUUGGGGGAAGACGGUCGUCCUGGGCGUGGCCAACGGCGCGGCGGCGCCGAUCAGCGUCCCGUCGCACGAGAUCCUCAGGGGGAGAUCCAUCGUCGGCUCGCUCUUCGGCGGGCUCAAGCCCAAGACCGACAUCCCAUUGCUCGCACACAAGUAUCUCCACAGGGAGCUGGAGCUGGACGAGUUCGUGACGCACGAGAUGGGCUUCGACGACAUCAACGCGGCGUUCGACCUGCUCACGCAGGGGAAGUGCCUCCGCUGCAUCAUCUGGAUGGGCGAAAAGGACGUCAAGGCCAAGCCGAAACAGAAUGGAACGCUCGUGUAGCUCGUGUGGGUUGCGAUCGGAUCGACCAGCCAUGAUGGUUGCUAAUCUUUGGACAUAUCGUGUGGGGCAGAAGAAGAAAAGGUUAAAAAGUCGAGAGCGAGCGGAGUGACUGGUCGUUGUCGUCGCCUUCUUGUUUGCUCCGGGGUUAAAUAACUCAGUUCAGUGUCAAAGGAAUCGGUAGAUUGAUUAGUACGUGAUUGUAGCUAAUUUUACUUGCCAUACGUGUACAUGCCAUACUUGUACUUGACAUAUGUAUGAUGUACGUAUGUGUUGCUAUAUAUAUACAAGACAUUGGCCUA